CAUACAACCGCUGCUCCACUCUUUCAACAAAAUAACUCGCAAAGAAGAAGAAAAACAAACGGACGGCUUCGCGUGGACAGGACUUAAUUAUUUCAAAGUGUGUCGACGAGGUGGAGCAGCGGGAGGAGGAGGAGGAGGAGGGACACUUCCUGCUCCGACGCGCAUUAAACGCUAAGAACAGCAUCAGGGUCCACUGUCGGACACGCAGCAGCACCCUUGGGGACCCCCCUUGCGUCAGGUAUACUACAGUCAUGUUCCAAACUGUCCCUGACACGUCGUCUUACGUCAAGGAGGCGCUAUCAGUGGUGAGUGAAGACCAGUCCUUAUUUGAGCCUCCGUACGCUGCUGCUGCCCCUCUCCCCAAGACAGACAUGACUGCAUCUGGCGCGCAGGACUAUGGCCAGACUCACAAAAUCAACCCAUUACCCCCACAGCAGGAGUGGAUCAACCAGCCAGUGCGAGUCAAUGUCAAGCGGGAAUAUGAACAUAUGAACGGAUCGAGGGAGUCUCCAGUGGACUGCAGCGUGGGUAAAUGUAAUAAGCUGGUGGGGAAUAACGAGACAUCUCAGAUAAACUAUGGAAACUACAUGGAUGAGAAGAACGCCCCGCCCCCCAACAUGACUACGAAUGAACGGAGAGUCAUUGUACCAGCUGAUCCUUCGUUGUGGUCCCAGGACCACGUACGCCAGUGGCUAGAGUGGGCCAUCAAGGAGUACGGCCUGUUGGAGAUUGACACAUCCAUGUUUCAAAACACGGAUGGCAAAGAGUUGUGUAAGAUGAGCAAGGAUGACUUCCUCCGACUCACCACCAUGUACAACGCCGAAGUUCUUCUCUCUCAUCUCAAUUACCUCAGGGAAAGUAGUUCAUCAUUAUCCUACAAUACACCAUCUCACACAGACCCAUCCCCACGUCUGACUGCCAAAGAAGACCCUUCAUAUGAUGCUGUACGGCGAACAGGAUGGUCAAACAACAUGCACAGCGCCAAAGGCUCACCAGUUGUGACUCAGAAUGUGACCAAGACUACCGAGCAGCCCAGAGCUCAACCAGAUCCUUACCAGAUACUUGGUCCCACCAGUAGUCGCCUAGCCAAUCCUGGUUCAGGCCAAAUCCAACUUUGGCAAUUCCUCUUGGAGCUCCUGUCGGACAGCGCCAACGCCGGCUGCAUCACCUGGGAGGGCACCAACGGCGAGUUUAAGAUGACGGACCCGGACGAGGUGGCGCGCCGUUGGGGCGAGCGCAAGAGCAAGCCCAACAUGAACUACGACAAACUGAGCCGUGCGCUGCGCUACUACUACGACAAAAACAUCAUGACCAAGGUGCACGGCAAACGCUAUGCCUAUAAGUUUGACUUCCAUGGCAUCGCCCAGGCGCUGCAACCCCAUCCCACCGAGUCGUCCAUGUAUAAGUACCCCUCGGACCUAGCCUACGUGCCUUCUUAUCACAGCCAUCAACAGAAGGUCAACUUUGUGUCCCCUCACCCUCCGUCCAUGCCAGUUACCUCCUCCAACUUCUUCGGACCAACUGCUCCAUACUGGAGCUCGCCCACUGCUGGCAUCUACCCCAACCCGAACGUCCCCCGCCACCCGAACACCCAUGUGCCCUCCCAUCUGGGCAGUUACUAUUAAACACCUCUAUAUAAACACCCACUAGCCAAGCCCGCCCUUGCUGACCUGCACUCCCAAUACCGUAAUGAAGGCAAUGAAGAGGCGUGAUGAUAUCAAAGGAGAUUUUAAAAUAUUUGUUAAUAAUUUCUAAACAACUGGAUGCUAUGGUCCUAAAUGGAAUACUACUUACCUUUAGAAGACUUGAUGUUUCGGACAUGUGCCUUUAUCUUCCACUUCCUCCUGGAAGCUGCAGCCAGUUCCUCUCCAAAAUGUUUGCCACGCCAAAGUCUGAGGACAGAAGAGCAAUCAUGUCUGCCUCCUCAGCCCAGACAUGGCCCUUUAUUUACGGGUCUCAAUCUACAUCCUCCUGAGUACAUUACAGCCAUUAUGCUUGAAAGCAUCUGCUCUUUCCACCAUCUACAACCUUGUUGGGGGUUGUUAUUCCCACACACCAAAGCCUUCAUCUUUUUCCCCCACUGUCUCUGCUCGUCCAUCUGUAUCAUUUUGUGUGUGUGUAGAGUCUUCUGGAAUUCGCUGGAAAAGAAGGAGCCCCCCCCACACACAAGACACGGACCUUUCUCGGCACUGAAUGAAAGUUGACAACUGGAAUAAGCCAUUCACAAUUUAAUUUAUCCUCCAAACUGGAAGGCAAGAGAGGAGUUGAAUCAUAGAAAAGGAAGCGCUGUAUGUCUGCUGAACUGUCAGUUGUACUCUACAUGCUUUCUGCGUUGCGUGUGGAGUUGAUGAUGGGCAAUGUGUACAGCUGUGUUGUGCUGAGGAAGCCGUGUCAAGACGUAAUUGAAGCAAUUUUGCAACAAGUCAACCCAGGCCGACACACUCGACUAUUAAAAGUUUACCGCAUUGACGCCUUGAAGCCAUGUUAUGUCUCUCGACCAUGUCAGUAUUAAUGUGAAUGUUAUCCGGUUUGUGUCUUAAAAGAGGAUGCAAAAUCAAA